AUGCCGAUUAUCACGGUCGAGUACGCGCAUCCGCAGUCGCCCUUCCCAGGCCUGCUGGUCGACCCAGCCCUCUCUGGCGCUAGCUCUGCCAACCUGGAACGCGUGGGGAGGUCCAAGGCGGUUGCUGUGCUGCGUUCGCUGCCUUCGAGCCCGCUUUCGCCCGGUUGCGUUGUUUUCAUCCCGGGCUCGCCAGCGCCUUCCUACCACUCUGUCGCCCUCCUUCCCUUCUCACAGUCACCAUCAACGCUGCCGUCCGAAUCAACGUCCAGCACUCUGACACUCAUUUCCAGCAGCACCAACGCAAUCGAAGGAGCAGCAGCAGCGGAAGACGAACAAAAGCGAAAGGAAGAAGAAGAAGACCAGGAAGCAGACGAAGACGAAUUGAACGAUGACGAUCUUCCUCAGGAGCGCGUUUCGCUCUUGUCGCGCGAGGCCUCCAUUCGAAGUCUCCCUCCGUCCUACUCCGAGUCUGGAAUGUCCCCACUGAAUCUCGCAGUGCAGCGGCUGCGACGCGGAUUUAUGGCGGCGGGAAGAAGCAGCGGCGGCAGCCAACGAACAAGCGGCACCAGCACGCCCGCACCUCCUUACACCCCUACCAACCACUUUCCCGAGCUCCUCUUUGCCCUGACUCAGCGCCAGCAGCAGCAACAACAACAACAGCAACAACCACAGCAAGAGCAACAACAACAACAACAACAGCAAGAGCAACAGCGUUCGCAACAGCAACAGCGCCAGGACGAAGAAGAACGCCGGCAAACUCCGACAACGGUCAACUCCAAUUCGCAAAUCGCUUCGUCGGCGUCGUCGGCGUCGUCGGCGUCGUCGUCCUCCCAGAGCGCGCUGGAGCAGUCGCCGAGCCUUCAGCUGCAGCUGUCACGCUACUAUCCAUUCAUGUGCGCAGCAGCGAGCCCGACGGACUCGGACGGACGGAAUCGCUUGCUACUGGUGCCGGGGAGUAUGCCGACGAGUCAUCGGUCGCUAGGUCCGUAUUCGCGAGAGGUGUUGGCAUCCACAGCCAUUUCGCCCACCCAGCUCGCCGCGUUCCGAGCCAAGGCCGAUGCUGCACGAGAGGCAGACCGCGAGGCUCGCGAAGCUCUGGUCAUGUCCUCGAUUCGCAACGAGGAGCGCAAGGAUCGCUUUUGGGGAGCGUCGCUCAACGUGAAUUUGCUCAUCGUCAUCAACGCCAUCUCGGCUGUCGCUCUCAUCGUGUCAUUCUACAUGAGUGGUGGAGUCAACAUGUCACCCGAUUACCAUGGCGCGGUCGCGCCGUUCGCCGAUUACUUUGUCACGAAAUACCCAACCUUGCUCGUGCCUGGAUCGGCAGCCUUUUUCGUGUGGUACGCCGUGUUGCUCGGAGUCUUUGUCUUUGCCAUGUACCCGUUGAUUUUCAGCGGACCCUCCGUCGAUCUGAGUCUUCGCGCGGUGGGCAUUUCGAUGCCAAUCGGCUGCGCCUUUCUUUGCGCGUGGUUUUUCGUCUGCGAGGCAGACGUGGACUAUGCACCCGCCAUUCUGAUGUUUUGUGCCUGGGGCGCAUUCAUACCUGCGUGGAUGCGCGUGCUUGGUCGAUGCGAUAUUGAAUUUCUCCAGCAAGACGACGCCGAGCUGCCUUCACCUGCACACGUCGCCUCGUUUGCCAGGUUGGUCCGAACCGGCACGCGCGUCCGCGUCGAAAUGUCCGUUGCGCGGCUGCUCAACGUUCCACGCAUGAGGCCCAACGUGAAUUUCUGGUGCGCUCAGGUGCCAAUCUGCCUCGUGAACGCCUGGUUGGGCGCGAUGGCCAUGAUCAAUGUUACCGUGCUGCUCCACCACCAGCUGGACUGUGCCUGGGGCAACGCGACGUGGUACUGCGGCAUUAUUGCAGGCUUUUUGUUUGUGCUGGGCUUGACGGCCGUCUACUCUUCGGACAUGGUGUGCGGAUUGACCUUUGCCCUGUUCCUCGUUGCCGUGUCGCAGCGAAGUGACCAAGACCAAGUCAUGAAUGUGCUGUGCCUGGUCUUUUCCAUCAUCCUCUUCAUCGUCACCGCCGUGGCAGCCGUGUUCCACCUCUACCGGCUGGCCGAGGCCGUUCGUCGGUAUCGACAGCGUGUGCUUGACGUCGCGCUCCAAUCUCUCACCCCGGUCGAGGCCCAGGCCUAA